AUGGGUCCUACAGCGUACAAGCCGCUGAAGACGCGGGCGUCCGAAGCAUGGGGUGCUCUCAAAACCUACUUGGAUGAUGAGAAAAUGGCUCAGUUUCCUCUCCUUGUCACAUUGUCUCACAAGAUCGACCGCCCGCCAUCCGUGUUGGCUCACUCAUUCCUCCUUGCCUUACUCUCAGUGCUUCUGCUCAACCCUUACAAUCUAUCGGGUAUUAUUGUCAACAGCUUGGCUCACGCAGGGCUUGUAUGGUCAAGCUACUCCUAUCUCGCUACCCUCUCAGGGGACGUCAACCACAAAGCUUCAGCUAUGGCCAAACCCGCCGAGCUAUGGCCAUCCUCGACUAGACGCCUCAUGGACUAUUGGGUCGUCUACUCCACCUCCAUCUUCUUAGAAUCUACCCUAGGGGAAGACACUUUGGUUGCUCUCGUUCCUCUUUGGUGGGCGUUCAAGGGACUGGCUGUUGUCUGGGUCAUUACGGUAUCAAAAGAAAGAAAGGAGAGACCCAAGCCAAAGCCUCUGAAACUAGAGCAGCGAUCGACAGUCGCAACAACCCGAACCCCCCAAACGUUUUACGCCGAUCAGUCAUCAUCCCCCAGUACCGCCUCUCUGUCGACUGGGGUCACCACUGCGCUCGAUUCCGGCCCAUUCUCAGGCCCCGGUCCCAUCAGCUCCCAGUUGCGUGAAAUUAAGAGAGACUUGAGUGAUCUCAGUCGUGAAGCUCUAUCCAAGACACCGGAGAAUCUCAAGCACAAGACUGGUCCGGCAGAAACGCCUGUCUCCGGCGAGAGCGAGGGCGAAAGUGAGCCUUUCGGACUGAGUGGCAAUUCAGACACAGGUUCAGACAGUGAAUCAAAUUCCAGCUCCAGUGACUCUGAUAGCGGCUCUGAGUCUGACAACAAUAGCUCUGGCCCUGGAUCGGCUGCUACGGACGAUUCAAACGACGACCUUCUUCCUCCUGGUACUGCCCUCGACAGCCAGACUCUAGAGGUGGCUGGUGCAGAAAAACCAGAGGCGGGGAAUGAUGAGCUUGAUACCAAGGAAAAUCAGGAUGCGCUUGAGGAGCAAGCGUCAGGUGGCGCAGACAAGCUUGAGACGAUUACCGCUGCCACCGAGCCUGUGCGUAGCGUUCCCGAGGAUGCCGAAGCAAUCGCUUCUCAAUCGGUCCCACAGCUUCCUCAUGCGUCUCGAGAUCUUCCUGUACCUUCCCCCAGCGCACCUCUUGUGAUCGCCGAACAGGAAGAUAAACUUGAUUCCCUGUCUCUGGAGCACACACCUGCCCAGAACUUGGACAUACAAGAGAAGACCGUCUCUCCCGUCCUCGCCCCGAUUGCUGGGUCUCUGAAUGUUGCUGCCCAGUCACCUAAAGUGGUGGACGAUGAAGGCUCUAUCACACGUCUCACUCUUGAAGAUCUCUUGGCUAUGGAGGGUAGGAGUGAUGACGAGAUGAACAGUGCUGGGAUGGCACUCGAGAGUGGAAAGGAUGUAGAAGAGAGGGUCGAGAUCCCCGUGGUAGCCAAGGGGGUCGAGCCAUUGAACAUCAUCAAACCUCUCGCCAAAAAGGUCGGCACGGAAGCGAAAAGUCUGUUAUAG